AUGUUUUCUCCGGAUCCGUCGCGUCCACAAUCAUUACGUCCGAAGAGAACUCGACAGGCAACAGGCCCUGAAGAUUCGAUCAAACUGCCCCAAGCAAAGCGAAAACGAUCGGCUCUCCGGCGAGACACAUUCGAACCUUUGGCGGAAGCAAGCAUAAACGAAGUCGCAGGGCGCGAAUCCAACGAGGAAAAGAGCAAUAGUCACGCUUUACCAGCCGCGCCAACGAGGAAAUUGACCCUGAGAGGAGCGAAAAAAACUGAAAAACGUUCCGACAGAGCAACAGGAUCAACCAAUGCGGCCUUGACAUUAUCCAAUAAUGAUUUCUACACCGCCGUUCAACUACCUUCUCUUCCCGAUCAGAUCAGACAACGUCCAACCGUCCCCUAUUCCUGUGUCGUAUCUCCUGAAUAUGGCUACGCGCUGGCUUUGACCCACACCGAUGCAUUAAUAUGGCCUUACAAUUCGAGCACAUCGACGCCUCCGUCGCGAGAUGUCGUUACCUUCAAGCUACCAUUUCCUCCUGCCUCAACUGACGAUCCCCUACCUCUCGCGGCGUUUACGGCGAAGUCGGCAUCCGGUGAACCCGGGCUCGUGGCAGUCUCUUCCCAAUGGGGGAAGAUCGUUUAUUGGGAGACCAUUUCCAGUGUGUCGUCGUUCAUACCCGGGCAAACAUCGAGCGUGCAAGGCUCAAUACCAGGAAUGAUGAGCGGUGAAAUAGUGGAAGAAUUGGUCAGUGCGGAACCAUCUGGCUUCAUUGUCUCGUUACGGCAUGGGCGAGUGGCUCAUUUGACAAUACGGGAUCAAAUGGGAAGACCUGGGAUUGGGGUCCAAUUCCUGCGAAAGCACGCGAGUGGGACUGGCGGAAUAUUUGGCAGCAUCCGCAAUGUCUUUGGAGCCGAUCGAAGAAAAGGUAUACCCAUUGUCAAGGCGGGCGGUUCCCGCAAAGGGCAACGAGAUGUUAUCAUUGCCACUGAAGAUGCCGAAUUGGAAUUUUGGAACACUAAUUUGAGUGUCGGCAACUCACUCGAAACUUCCUUCAGCUUCAAAGAAGGGCUGGUUGAAGCACUUAAGCCAAUAUGGCUGACCGAAGGCCUUGAUUUCAAGAUCCUUGACCUGGAACUUUCCGUGGGACCAAGUGUACCGCUGAGUCGACGAGGAAAUGUUGGUGUUCCCAUGACGGCUCUUGUCUCGGUGACAACAGGGCAACAGACCAACUACGGCAUUGUUGAAAUGGUGGUGGAUCAAGAGGCGAAAGUUAAAGUGGUCCAUCCCAUCACAUGCUAUUACUCGUCAACUGCGGAGCAACAUUCCUGGAGGCCCCGUUUGUGCGUUGCAAGGUCACAACCCGUGGCAUUCAUCCUUUUUGAGACUGCCAUCGUCUUAUUCUCUCUCGCAAAGAUAAGAGAGUCCCCAUCCUCUCAAUUAUUGAUGGAAAGACAAGCGCUUCCAGAACCUUUCCAAGACUGUAUUCGAUUUCAAAGUGGAGCCAUCUAUAAGGUUCUCGGAUAUGCGCUGGAAACGUCGGACAGAAAGCCCUCCAUCGUGUUUGGCGUGCAAGGGUUUGGCAUGGUGAAAUUGACUUCUCAUCUUCGCGAUCUCGAAGAAUUGGAAGCAGGCGACCUUGAGGAUCGAAUCAGUGCCAAAAGCAAAAUCGAACAAGCAGUAUUCUUUGGCAGUGUCAAACAAAAUCCUCUCGAUCUCAAAACUAUCAGCCAAUCAUUCCCUUCCGAUGAAAUUGAACAAGCCGCAAUCGAUAUCAGUUCCGAAAUCCUCACGUCGUCAUCCAAACAUCUUCCAAAGAGCGCGCCCUCGAUUGAUAUGCAAAUGCGACUUCGAGCCAAAGCUCUCGAUGACCUAGCGCAACACUUGAUGGACCAUUAUCCCUCUGCAAUUUCUCGCCUGACCCGUUUUAAGCUCUUGUUGAAUGCCGAGAAACUGGCGGCGGCUCAAGCAAUUUGGAAGGUCCAAGAAGAAAUUCAACGAAAAUAUCCUCUAGGUGACCGUGAAAUGUCCUAUCUUGAUUUCACACUACGAGCCUUGCAUGAAUCCCGUCAGAAAUACCCUGAUCCAGAAAGAGGCGAGAAGGACCGAGUACGACAUUGGCUGGUCAACAGUGUUGAUCAUGUUGACCACUUAAUGUCGGAGCUGGUCAGUUGUAUACCGGAGCUGGAACCAAUGGAUGUCACAGAUCCGAAGGUCGUUGCCGAUUACUUCAGAGAAGCUGUUGAUUUGUGGAUUGCAUCGUAUACCGCGGCUUUCAAAUUUCGCGAAGACAAUGCUCCUAUCUAUGGGCUCGGCGACGAAGUCUUCCAAGAUGGCGUUCUCAUGUCCGGAUUUCCAGUCGAUCUGCCCCAUCCAUGGACAUCGAGCCCCGAACCGUUCCGCUUUGGCCAGCGUCUCAUCUAUGAUAUUUGCAAGUUUUUGCAUGAAUGGUGGGACUUCAGCUUGGGGAGAAACAAGAAGAAAAAGAUGCCGACGGAUCUUGAUGGAAAGCCCUAUGACGCACCUAGCAGAACUGCUCUUAAAGAGCUCGCUGCGCGUCUGCCAAUCGACGUCGAACUAUUCUCCCGAAUGGCGACUGAGGAAUUUAUUCAAGCCGACUGCCACCUCAAAGUAGUCGAAAAGGACCCUGAAGUCUACCGGGACGAAAUUAGAAAUAUCAAGAAAGAAAAGCAUGACAGACUCAGUCAAGCAUUGGAAGUCAUUUCAACAUUCAACAUGCCGGGAGCGAUUCAACUAGCUGAGAAACUGCGAGACUGUGGAAUGCUUGUCACUCUGCAUUACGCCUAUUAUGAGCAACUGACAGCGGAGGCGGCGGCCGAUCCUUCACUGGAGGAGAUUAAUAGUCGAAAACUGAAUGAGAUGCAAAAUCAUGCCGAGACAUAUUUUGACGAGUUUGGUAAUCCUUGGGCCUACGCUUACUUCAGUCAAAUGAUUGCGGAUGAUGAAUGUGGAAGUCUAUUGCUUAAAGGCCAGGAAGAUGAAAAGAAGGAAAAAUUCCUCUCGUGGUUCUUCAAAAAGGCCCAAAAACGGGGUCAAAACGUUGGCAAACUCAGCUGGAUCCACGACGUCGUUGCCACUGGUAAUUAUUCUCGAGCCGGGAAAACUCUGCAAAAUGUCGCCGAUGAAGAACUGGAUGACAUGUGGAACAAGAAAACGGAACUAGCACUCGCGAAAUUAGCGACUUUGGCGGCAAGUGAGGGGUUCAACAAUAGUCGACCUGACACGAAGCGGUAUGAUAAUGGCCUGGCCAUGAUUGACAUCCAGGAACGAAUUCACAUCCACGUCCUUACGUCGAUUGGUCCGACACUGGAUGAUAAGGCAGCGAAUGAUCUUGCCAUCGAAAAUUUCUCCUCGCGCGUGGUGGCCAAGUCUCCUGCAUUGAGAAGACAACUGAGGCAGAUCCUGAAAUCUCUAUUGCGCCAUACACCCCUUUCUGCAGAGGAGUUAGUUGACCUUUUGACUCUGAUGGAUCCUGUUGAGUGGGCUGGACUUCCAGAAGAUGAUCCAGAAGUCAGUGGGCAGGACUUUGCACUUGCCCUGAAGGUGGUGGAUAUUUCUGGACUGCCAGCUACUCAACAAGAUGAUCUUCGGGGUCUGAUCUGGAGAAGAGCGAUGAUUCGAGAUGAUUGGAUACUCCUGAACGAGACUGGUGGCAAGGAUGAUCAACGGGUGGAGAGCGAAAUGCAACAGACCAGUUUGUUCCAAGUGAUACAGCAAGUCUUCAUGCUGGAUGAAAUUGAGGGCACGCGUGUUGAUUUACUCUCCCCCAAGGAUAUCCUGGGGCGUGAUGCAUUUCCUACCAGUCUACAAGGGCGAUUUGCAGAGAAUGAAGUGGAUGGAAUCCGCAAGGAUCUUGAAAAGGAGCAGAUCAAACUCAAGACAUUUGUCGAAAAAGGAAGAAUGGAAGAUCAUUAUGGAGGGUUGGUCACCUCCGCAGAAAGAAUUGUUAGGGGGAUCGUUGACGAGCAAGGAGAAGAGAUGGCCGCGAAGGCGAUGGAAGCGAGAAAUGGCCUUUAA